AAGUCGUAGAGAGAAUUCUGCUCAUUUAGAAGAAACAAAGAGACGAGAUCCACUUUGUACAAAGGAUAAGAAAUAAAAGUGCAAUAAGAAACCUUAAUGAGAUAGUGAAUAUCGUGGUUACAGAUCGAUCAGAUCAAAAUGUGGUUAUGUGUUGCAGAUAGGACAUGAUAGAAGAUAAAGCGAUUUGAUGAGUUAGGGAUUGAUUAAUUAAACAUCAGAGAGCGACAACAAUUCUCAGACUGCCGGAUUACCAUAUAGGUGUUAUGGCAUGAUAUUUCAAAAGGCUAGUCAUUCUGAACGUGUCUGUGAGGAAGUCUGUACUAAAAGAAUAUUCUACGACCAAUAGAUUGGCAUAAUUGCAAACAUAUUAAAAAGAAGACGCAUUAUUUUUGUGAUAUUAAUCAGUUUUUAUGUGCGGUUAGGAGAAAGUAAUUUAGGUGACCAGAUGAUUGAACAAUUCUCUGAUUAAUGGAUUAAAUAAGAGGACAAAUUGUGAUAUGUUAGCGAGAAAUCUUUUAUCCUAAUUUGUAAGAGGAAAAUUGUAUCGUAAGAAAGCGUUUUAUUAUAUUGAAGUAAGUUUCUUAAAUACUUCAUUAUGUAUUUCAAGAAAUAAAAAAAAUGAGUAAAAUUAAUGUGAAUUCCCGCAACACUGUAACUCCAAACCUUAUACGAAAUUAACUCAUCCAUCAGCAGCACAAAACAAUGAUGGUGGAUCAUUCGUCUACAAGACCUCGGUCGUUAUAUCACCAUCACCCUUCGAAAGGUUUAUUCACCAUGGCAACUGGGUUUCCAAUUCGCAAACUACGGGCAAAGACUGUCACUAGUGGGAACAUACAUUAUUCUAAAGAUAUGAAAGACACAAUUCAUCAAGCAAACAUCAUCAACAUUGUUGCCGCUGUCAACGACAGUGGUCGAGUAACGCGUAGGGAACAUUCGGAUAACAUAUCAGACAAAUCAACUAAAACAGUUAUUGACUUUUCAAAUGUAAUGUUUCCACGUGAGCAUUCUGCAGCGGUCAUUUCUCAACAGAGAGUGUUUGAAAUGCCUUCUGACGCGAUCCAAAAGAAACCCGUCUAUUACAAACAUUCCGGAGACCAGGAAGUUAACACCGCCGCUCACAUGCGUGUUUACGACGAAAGACAUAUGCACAUAAUAAGACGUAAAAAAGUUAAGCCUCCUGAAAGAUCCAAAACAAGCAUUGCAAAAAUAGUAAAAAAUCUACCGAUGAAACCGCAAAUAGAAGAUAGUUCGUUUUUAGGUACGCAUCUAAAUGUUACUUCAGAAAGUCACCGAAAAAAGAGUGCAUCCUCUCAAAGUAGGUAUAGCGCAAUGAGCGUUCGUCAACUUGGAUCUCUUAAAAAGUCAUCUGAGCCGAGAGUGGUUCACGAUAUAGCCAAAUGUGACAUGAUAGAUCUGCUAGACCAUGCGAUGAAAAAUGAUAUAAAUGGUAUCGACAAUGCGACCUGUGACAACAAAACAGAAGCUAAUCAACAACCACAGUCCGCACAACUACCCGUGCCAUACCUGAGGACAAAAUCCUUGCCCAUUAUCUUUCCAGCUAAAAACUCUAAAGCAACUAAUAUGAAGCAAGAGUCUGUGCCAAAAGGAAAGGUUCCACACGUAUUUAAAGAUAGACCCCUGUCGCAAACUAUGCGCAAGUCGUUUCCAGUGUCACUGUACAGGACAAUGUUAAGUCAACCAAGUGGAAGCAAUUUGAUAGCAUUUGCAAUCAACAAUGGUUUCAACGACCCGUUGGAAUUAUCCACGCUUAUUGUAAACGAUUCACAAAUACAGCAAGAUUGUAAUCAAAUUCCUAAACUCCACCAACGUGUUACAGCUGGAAUCUAUCAUAUGAAUCGGUCCAAGUUACGAAAACCGUUGACCCCGAACGUUGGUCGAGCGCCUAUGCAUGUGCACCAUCCCUCGAUGAAAUUAUUAAAUGGAAACGAUCGAAGCUCGCAGUUAGUUCACGAUCGUUACACAUUGCAAAGGUCUAAAACGGAACAUAACGAAGAUGUCAGACGAGUUAUGAGCGGUAAACAAGAGGAUAACCCUUCUCAUGUCAAUUCGGCUAAAAGUAAAGAAAGCCACAGAUCGUUUAGACCAGAUGGGAAUACUGUAGACCAUGAUGACAAAGUGUCCAGCACAGGGCAGACAAAUGGUGAUGAUGUUGAUACAAGUCUUGAUACUACGCAUGAGAGUUUAAAUGAGAAAGACAUACCCGAUGAACAAGGCGGUCUAUGCAUCAUUCAGUCGUCGAAGUCAGCGAGCAAAGCUUUUAUUCAAGAUGUGAGACCAAUGUCGGCAAAGGAACUGCUCCGAAUUCAGAAACGGAUAUUGCCGGCAAACCAGAUUGCACAAAAUCACAAUAUAGUGCAGUUUACUCCAGAGAACUCUGGGAUAAUAAUUCGGAAAGUGCAGCUUUCUAAUAGCUCGCUGUCUUCGAUGUCGUCGAUUGAAAAACAUGAUAAUGACGGUGGCACUUUUGAUGAACAGUCCAAUGACCCUCUGUUGAGCAUUGGCAAAUACGAAGAACGUCUCGCUAAUAUGAAAGGUGAUGUCUGUAACACUGUUGUGCUUGAUACAAUUUCUACAACAGAAAAUUACGCCAGAAAUAUCGAGGAAGGGAAAGUGGCUUUGAUGAAUGAGCAAGAGCAAAUCGAGUAUUAUAAGAUUGUGAAGGCCGUUGAUCUAAACACGUAUGAAGGUUAUGAACACAAAAAGAUGAGGUCUUCUGCUGGUUCUAACAGGAAAGAGGGGGAUCCGAAGUCCAAGGUUCACUACGUGAAAGUCAGACUGAGCUAAAUGCUUAUGCAUAUAUGGACAGUAUAGCACGCCCUGUUUGUUUGUAUGAGAUGUUAUAAAAACGGGAUACGUUUUGAUAUUUUCUUAUUAUUGUGUUGAAACAAUUAAUAAUUGAAUCGUACAAUGUGGACUUGAUUGAGUUGUUGGUGUAUCUCUUGUAAGCAAUACUGUGAUACGUGUUGUGUUGUUUUUUGCAUGUUAUUAAACUGCUCCUAUAUAUUAUGUUAUUUGCGGGCUGUAUGUAUAAUACGCAUUAAAAUAAAAUGUAACUUUAUUUUCUAUACAACUCACAAAAGUGUGUGAAUACAAACUGUUAGAACAUCAAUAGAGCAAUCAACUAUUA